AUGUUAUUUUCAUCAUAUUCACUCGCUUCAACUUGUGUAGAUCACCUCUCUCCUUUUCUCUUCCCUCCUACUGUUACUUUGCUUUCUACUUCUCUUCUCUUACUUUCUAUCUUUCUUUCUUUUUCUUUCUAUGCUUGUUUACCCACCCACUUUCUCUUUAUAUAUUCUACUACGAUGUUUCUUUUUCAACUUCUCUCUCUUCCCACUCUAACUGCUCGUUUAACAUCUCUCCCUUCCUAUAUCUCGCUCUUCACUUUCGUUCUUUUCUCACCUACAACACCGUUUCCGCUCUCUCUCGCUCUCUCUCGCUCUCUCUCGCUCUCUCUCGCUCUCUCUCUAACCGUAUUCAAUUCUCUCUACCUUUUUUCUCUCUUUCUAUCUUUUUCUAAUACGCCGUCUCAUUUUCUUUUUCUCUUCUUCCUCAAUUUCAUCUAUUUUGUCUCUUUUGUCAUCAAAUCUCACUCCCCCCCUCUACAAUUUUACUGCACGUUCUCUUUCUCUUCAUUCCUCCCCAACAGUGCCUAUUCGUCCCUCUUCUUUCUCCAAUUGUUGUUUUCAUUCCCCGUGAUCCGCCUUCUUUCCUUUUUUGUCUUUUUUUUUUCUUUUCUCUUCAGUUUACGUCUCGUUUCCUUCUUUUUAGAUUUAUUUCGCUUUUUAUCCAUCCCUUUAUUUACGUGUUUACCAAAAGCCGACAAAAUAACAGCACUCCGUGUAAGAACAGUUUUUUUUUUUUUACUUCCCGGCCUCCUUAAACCUCUUUGA